AUGAGCGGCGUCAAGGAAGAGGUGAAGAAGGUCAAUGCCGAAGACCGUAAGAGGUUUGGUCUUAGAGUGGAAGAUGAACAAAAUGAGGAUGAGGAAGAGGAGGAAGAAGGUGCUGGAGCGGUCGAGGAUGAACUCGACGCGACAGAUCUCAAGCCCGAGGAUAUCCUUGCACUGGCAGCGAAGAAGGCCAAGAAGAAGGAUGUCGGUGUUGUUGAUCACGCCAAGAUCGCAUAUGAGUCAUUCCGCAAAGAAUUCUACCAUGAACCGCCUGAGAUCGCUGACAUGGACGAAGAAGGAGUCGGCCUGCUGCGGCUUUCCCUGGAUGGGAUCAAGAUUCGCGGUCAGGACUGCCCAAAGCCGAUCACAAGGUGGGCUCACUGUGGUUUACCUUCUGUAUGUCUGGAUGUCAUCAAACGUUUGGGCUACACGGCCCCGACGGCCAUUCAGGCACAAGCCAUCCCCGCUAUUAUGUCCGGUCGUGACGUGAUCGGUGUUGCCAAGACUGGUUCAGGCAAGACAAUCGCCUUCCUUCUUCCUCUCUUCCGUCACAUCAAGGACCAGCGUCCAAUCGAGAUUAUGGAAGGACCAAUGGCGAUCAUCAUGACACCCACACGAGAGCUCGCUGUCCAGAUUCACAGGGAAUGCAAGCCCUUCCUGAAAGUGAUGAACCUUCGCGCUGUAUGCGCAUACGGCGGAAGCCCGAUCAAGGACCAGAUUGCAGAGAUGAAGAAGGGCGCGGAGAUCAUCGUGUGCACACCGGGGCGCAUGAUUGACCUGUUGACGGCGAACUCGGGGAGGGUGACCAACCUGAAGAGAGUCACGUAUUUGGUGCUGGACGAGGCAGACCGGAUGUUCGACAUGGGGUUUGAGCCUCAGGUCAUGAAAAUCGUGAACAAUAUUCGGCCUGAUCGCCAAACAGUUCUUUUCUCUGCGACGUUUCCCAAGCAGAUGGACUCACUUGCCAGAAAGAUCCUCCAUCGGCCAUUAGAGAUCACCGUCGGUGGCCGCUCAGUUGUUGCACCCGAGAUCGAGCAAAUCGUUGAAGUCCGGCCAGAGGAUACCAAAUUCAACCGUUUGCUCGAGAUUCUUGGCCAGACCUACAACGAGGAUCCAGAGUGCCGGACGCUGAUCUUCGUUGAUCGACAGGAAGCGGCAGACAACCUACUGAGGGAGCUGAUGCGCAAGGGAUAUCUCGUUAUGUCCCUCCACGGUGGAAAAGAUCAGGUAGACCGCGACUCCACCAUCGCGGACUUCAAAUCCGGUGUUGUACCUGUUGUUGUCGCGACCUCCGUCGCUGCUCGUGGGUUGGACGUCAAGCAACUCAAACUCGUAAUCAACUACGACGCGCCGAACCACAUGGAGGACUAUGUUCACCGUGCCGGCCGUACAGGCCGUGCGGGGAAUAAGGGCACAUGCGUCACCUUCAUCACUCCAGAACAAGAACGGUACUCGGUCGACAUCUACCGUGCCCUCGAGGCGAGUAAAGCCAAGAUUCCCGAAGAGCUGUCUUCGAUGGCAAACGGAUUCCUCGAGAAGGUCCGUACUGGGAAAGCUCAUGUUGCAGGCUCUGGCUUUGGCGGUAAGGGUCUUGAUAAGCUGGACAAGGAUCGUGAUACGAAGAUGAAAGCUGAGCGGAACGCGUACGGUGAGGGUGAAGAGCCUAAGCCGGCCACCUCAUUCGAGGAAGAAGAAGGUGUAAAGCCUGCCGGUAGUUCCGCCGCUGCACCUGCGGCCAAAGCAACCAAGGAUGCAGAUCUUACUUUCGGCGAUUUCAAGGUGGAAAUCAAGCGCGGGCCCGCACCGGAUACCUCCCAUGGGCUGCUUACAACGUCUUCCGCUCAGGCGAAAUUGGCCCACUUGGGCAAGUCCAAGAAUCCGGACGCAACCGAUUUCCAUGCGAUCAUCCCGAUCAACGAUUACCCACAAAAGGCUCGCUGGAAGGUCACAAACAAGGAGACCAUGAGCCAGCUGAUCGAUAUGACUGGCGCUUCUGUAACCAACAAAGGUGUCUAUUACGAUCCAGGCAAAGAACCUCCUUUGGAAGGCCCGCCAAAGCUUCACUUGCUAAUCGAGUCGAACGAGGAGUACAGGGUCGAGGCUGCUGUUCGGGAGAUCAAGCGUCUCCUUGUGGAGGCCUCGACGGCGGCUAUCCAGGCCGAGUCGAGAGGACCAGGAGCCCCGGUGGGAAGAUACAGCGUAGUGUAG